AUGGAGGCGGACACGACAGCUGACGAAAAUCAUCCUCCUACUGCUAACGCAUCUGCUCUCAUGCACGCACACAAACUGUUUUGCAUCCAUUAUUACAAACUGGAAGUUAACUUUACACGCAAGCAACACGUCACAGUCGCUCAAUACAAACCAGGAGUAUCCGCUCUCACUCAAUUCUACGUUACUUGCUUCCCGUAUCAGUUAUUCGAGUCUUGGGCCAUCAAUCACACUGGUACCAAUCACAGAGAACCAUACAGCGGCCUUGCAGGUUCCUUUGACUAUUGUCAAUAUAAUCACGGGAACAUACGCUUUAGCCAUUUUGUUCCUCUGCAGAAUUCUCUACAAGGCACUACACAACAAGAUGUACCCGCACUCAACACAACACUCUACGCCUACUUCAGCCAAGAUAAUCUCGGUAUCCUGAGCAAAGUCACUGCACUCAGUGCAAUAGAUGUAACUACCAUGAUCAACCAACAACGAAGACUGCCUUCUAGUGCAUACUGGACUAACUCAUCAGACGAAGGUCUCCUUGCACUAGACGAAACAAAACCAUUUCACCAAAAUGAGACACUGGAAUACAAUUUUAAAUUCUCUUAUCCACCAAUACUCAAAUUGCAAUGUCCAAGUUUGUCAUAA